GCUGUGACAGUAACCUGGGAAAGACAGCGACCAACAGGAUGGCCACGAUAACAUGUACUCGAUUCAGCGAUGAAUAUCAGAUGUAUGAAGAACUGGGAAAGGGUGCAUUCUCCAUCGUAAAACGGUGCGUUAAGAUCAUCUCCGGACAGGAAUAUGCGGCCAAGAUUAUCAACACCAAGAAACUGUCUGCCAGAGAUCAUCAGAAACUGGAGAGAGAAGCUCGGAUUUGCCGAUCCCUUAAACACCCAAACAUCGUGAGACUGCAUGACAGUAUAUCUGAGGAAGGCCACCACUACCUGAUCUUUGACUUAAUCACUGGUGGCGAGCUGUUUGAAGACAUUGUGGCUCGUGAAUAUUACAGUGAGGCUGAUGCCAGUCACUGCAUUCAACAGAUCCUGGAGGCUGUUCUACACUGUCACCAGAUGGGAAUUGUACAUCGAGAUCUCAAGCCUGAAAACCUGCUGCUUGCUUCCAAGUCUAAAGGAGCUGCUGUGAAACUUGCGGACUUCGGUUUGGCUAUAGAAGUUGAAGGGGACCAACAAGCCUGGUUUGGUUUUGCUGGAACUCCUGGUUACCUCUCGCCUGAAGUAUUAAGGAAGGAUCCCUACGCUAAGCCUGUGGAUCUGUGGGCUUGCGGUGUCAUUUUGUACAUUCUGCUGGUCGGUUACCCGCCAUUCUGGGAUGAAGACCAACAUAGACUAUACCAACAAAUCAAAGCUGGGGCCUAUGAUUUCCCGUCUCCAGAGUGGGACACUGUGACACCUGAAGCAAAAGACCUCAUCAACAAGAUGCUGACAAUCAACCCCGCGAAACGCAUCACUGCCGGAGAGGCCCUCAAACACCCCUGGAUCUCGCAUCGCGCUACAGUGGCCUCUUGCAUGCACAGGCAAGAGACAGUAGACUGCUUGAAGAAGUUCAAUGCAAGAAGGAAGCUCAAGGGGGCAAUUCUCACUACAAUGUUGGCCACACGAAACUUCUCAGGUAAGGAACUUUCCAAGAAGACGGAUGGAGUUAAGGAAUCCUCAGAGAGCACCAACACUACUAUUGAAGAUGAAGAUACAAAAGUGCGUAAACAAGAGAUUAUCAAAGCUACAGAGCAGCUGAUUGAAGCUAUUAGCAAUGGUGAUUUUGAGGCAUACACGAAGAUGUGUGAUCCUGGGGUGACUGCGUUUGAACCUGAGGCUUUGGGAAACCUGGUGGAAGGACUCGAUUUUCAUAGAUUCUACUUUGAGAAUUUGUGGUCUAAGAACAACAAGCCAGUGCACACCACCAUCCUGAACCCACACAUCCACCUGAUCGGGGAAGAAGCUGCCUGCAUUGCCUACAUCCGCAUCACACAGUACAUUGACAGCAGCGGCAUUCCCCGCACCGCCCAGUCCGAGGAGACACGGAUCUGGCACCGACGUGAUGGAAAAUGGCAAAUUGUCCACUUCCACCGAUCGGGAUCUCCGUCUGCUCUGGCCAACUGAAACUCCUUCUGUCCAGUCUCCUGCUGCUAUCCCUGACUGACUUGCACGCAAGGACGAUAUCUCCUGUGUAACCUCACCGCUGAACUCAAGUCUCCCCCCCCCACCGGAGAGAGAGAGGUGGAAUGCUUGGCGGAAUUACUGCUGGAUUGAGUAAUCGGUUCCUCCACUCACAACCCCAUGUUUGCAGGGAGAGUGAUGAAUUUCAUAACCGAUCAUCCUUUUUUGUAUCCUAAGAGGCAAUAUCUGUCGUUCUGGCAUGUUU